AGAGAGUCCUUUCCUAAAUCACAUCAUCACAUGAUACAAAUUGCUUGUAAUUGCAAAGACACAGAUUUCACCCACGUAAACCUGAUGGCAACUGUUAAUACAAAAAAGCAAUUGCCUAGGUCCCAGUUAAUUAGUGGCACAUUAAUAUUAUUGCCUUUAGUAACAUGAAAUAAUGUCACAGUAGAUGCAAUUAUUGUGUAAUCGCUGUGUAUUAUUUUUUAUAAAAACCGAAACGGGUAAUCAUCAUGAGGUAGUUAGCAAUUGCUACUUACUAAUUUAUUUUCUUUUUACAUCACCACACGUUUUUGUUUAAGAUUUACAUUUAUUUUAAAAAGUAAAAUAAAUACAAAUAAAGUAAAAUGUCAGCUUCAAAACAGAGAAAAAGUAAUGAUACAAGUCUAUUAUAACAGCAAAUGAAUGUGCAAUUAUCUGUAUAAGUGAGUCCCCACCCAAGUAUUUGGUUUGACUGUUGUCAGAGACGAGUGAAUCCAGUAUAGAAGCGUGAGACCUGGACUACAGGGUCCCACAGCAGGUGGAGGAAGUGGAGGAGCUGCAGACUCUAGGUGGCGCCAGAGGGUCACAGUCCUGCAAAUGAAGCGUAAUAGCCAAACAGGCAGCGUUAGCUACACUGUAAUGACGUUAGCCUCCGGGAUGUUUUUUUCCGCCGUUAAUGAGUUUGGACACCGGGGAACGACAUCCAUGAACCUCUCUGGUAUCUGAAGCACAUCCACCGUGACCUCCGCGAAGUCAUAUCGGCGUCCAACCCGGUGAUCCUGAAGGCUGGUGGAUGCCGAUGUGCUGAAACAUUUGAUGUCAACUGUUUGUGGCAACGAGCCCAGAAAACCGUGUGUGUGCGACAGAAAGCCGCCAGGAAGUGGUGACCCUGCCUAACUGACACCCUGCUGCUCCUGCCCAGCCCCCAACUCUGCACCCCCACCCCCUGUCCUGACUGGGUCUCCGUGCUGCCGGCGGUGGAUUGGAGCACUGUGAUUGGCGGCCUUGCGAGGUGGUUUUUCGGUCUGGCGCCGCCUCCCCCCGGGGCCGGCGUGCACUCCCAGCAGCCCGUGGUGCCCUGUGCCCCCCCCUCCCCGUCACUGCACACAAGAGCCCAUGCCCAGGGAGGAGGCGCAGUGCGUCCGCCAGGAGCCAUGUGCCUCCCUCACACCAACAACAUGGACAGCAAGCUACAGGGGGCGGGGCAGGGGGGAGGGGCUUCACUUCGACCACAAGGAGGAGGCGUUCCACUGGAGCCCUUCGUACACCAGGUGGGGGGUCACACCAGUAUGAUGCGUUACGAUGACCACACGGUGUGUAAGCCUCUGAUCAGCCGAGAGCAGCGCUUCUACGAGUUCCUGCCUCCAGAGAUGAAAGAGUUCACUCCGGAGUAUAAAGGUGUGGUGCUGGUCUGUUUCGAAGGCGACUCCGACGGCUACAUCAACCUGGUGGCCUACCCCUACGUGGAGAGCAGCAACAUGGAGGGAGGGACCACGGAGCACGAGGAACGCGACCCACCUGAGAGGGAGCAGCCAAGGAGGAAGCACUCCCGCCGCAGCUUCCAUCGCUCCUCCUCGUCCUCUGACCACAAGGACGAGCGGCCCGACAGGAGGGAGUCGCACGACACGGACACCUCUGAUAAUCUCGGAGAGCUGAAGAGUCCCAGGCUCGACCCAAAGAUCCACUCAGAUGUUCCCUUCCAGAUGUUGGACUGGAACAGCGGCCUGACGUCAGAGAAGAUCAGCCACAACCCCUGGAGCCUCCGCUGUCACAAACAGCAGCUCAGCCGCAUGAGAUCUGAGUCCAAGGACCGCAAACUCUUCAAGUUCCUGUUGUUGGAGAACGUGGUUCACCACUUCUCCUACCCCUGCAUCCUGGACCUGAAGAUGGGCACCAGGCAGCACGGAGACGACGCCUCCGAGGAGAAGGCGGCGAGGCAGAGGAUGAAAUGUGAACAGAGCACUUCGGCGACGCUGGGAGUCAGAGUGUGUGGCAUGCAGGUGUACCAGCUGAACACAGGUCAUUACCUCUGCAGGAACAAGUACUACGGCCGCGGCCUGUCGAUCGAAGGCUUCCGCCAGGCCCUCUACCAGUACAUGCAUAACGGAAAGGGCCUGAGGCAGGACCUCUUUGAGCCAAUCCUGAAUAAGCUUCGCAGCCUGAAGGCGGUGCUGGAGAGGCAGGCAUCCUAUCGCUUCUACUCAUCCUCACUGCUCAUCAUCUAUGAGGGAAAGGAACCUGAGGGCCCCUCUGUCCUCAGCUCUGGACAGCAUGCAGCCUGGCAACAGAAGACUCCCUGUGCCCCGGCAGAGCCCCACUGUGGCCACGGGCCCCACGUUCCUCUGGCCCCCGACACUCCCUGUGAAACGGACAUGAGCCAGAACCCAGACCCGGGGUUGCUGUCCUCUCAGGGACCUGGACUGAUGGCUCCGCCCUCCCCUCAUCCUCCCCCACAGGCCCCACCCACCAAGUCAGACUGCCACUCCUUCCUCCCCCCUCCACCCUCGCCUCACUCGCAUCCAGACUCCUCCUCUUCCUCCUCCUCCUCCUCCCCCCCUGCUCCCAGUUUAAUUUCCUUCCCACCUCCUCCUGCUCCCCCGCCCAAGCAGCCCCCCCUGGUGGACGUUCGUAUGAUCGACUUCGCCCACUCCACCUUUAAGGGUUUUCGUGGCGACACGGCGGUGCAUGACGGGCCGGACCGGGGCUACGUGUUCGGACUAGAGAGCCUGGUCCAGAUCCUGGAGAGCCUGCGGGACGACAACCUGCCGUAGCUCCAAACACACACACACACACACACACACACACACACACACACACAUAGACACACACACACACAUGGCUUGUUGUGAGUUAGUUUAGGUCGUGCUGCUGAGAUGCCGUGGCUGUAAAUAUGAAACAGGGUCCUCCAGGACGUCACCAUGGAAACAUGGGCAUUCUACAGUCGAGUAGUUACUAUAGCAACGGGCAGGAGGUGGGACAGUGGAGCUGAAAUGGAAAAACCUCUGUACAACACACACACAGUUGUACUUCUAUACUUGUGAGGACUCAUUGAAAUAAUGCAACCAUAACAUCACAACUAAAUGGCCUAACACCAAUACAAAAUUCUAACCUUGUCGUCUACUCUUUGCUUGAAAAUACGCCUUAAGUUCCAUUCACACAGGGUAAACAAUGCAGGCUGGGAGUCAAAAAUUCACUGUGCUCCUCUGUAAUUUGUCCUAUGUGUUGCAUAUUUUAUCAGAUUGGCAAAAACACGUCUGACACAAAAGAACAAAGUAGAAGGCCAAGCAGCUCUUAAAAGGACGUUGCUCUGGAUGGGAUUUAAAUUACAGGAGGACGAGUGAAUUUGCAGGAAAACGGUUGGUAAUUGUGGCUGUAAUUAUUAGUGGGAUGGGGGUGAAAAAUUACACUCUGCACAGGAUUAAAAUCACUGACCAACAGAGGUAAAUAAAAGCACUCCAAACAGAGCUUUACCUACUGUUUCUUCACUUGAAUGUUUGACCUUCAUUAUUUGACACCUUCAUCUGCUGGAGGAGGAGAGUUUCUCUCACCCCCUUUAAUCUGAGUUGAACACGUGUAAUAUAGGAGCCUGUCUUUAUAACAGUUCGAAUGUCAGUCAUAGUCCAAUAUGUGAUUCAGAGUGGUCUGAUGGGGAAAAGGUUUAGUAAUUUAACUUUUUGUAGAAGAACCACACCAGACACAAACCACUGUUAAAGUCUGGAAGAGAUCUUUAAACUCUCUUUCUAGCAUCAGACUCUGCACAUCCAUCGUUCUGCACAGUGAAGGUCAAACUAAGUAAAGUAACAAUAAGAAAAACACACUUGUGAGUGAGAGUGAGUUAAAUCAUAACACAAGUCCAAACUUUUAAGGAUGAGAAGGGCAGCCAACAUGCCUUCACUUCACAAAAAUGUCCUCACUCCUGAGGUCUAAGAGCUAAACUGGUCCUCACAAAGAUAGAAGAACAAGAGCACACACAUACAGAUACACACUCACACACUCACACACACACACACAUCCUGGGAACAGUCGUCUGUGGAGCUGAACAGAGCGUCCUCUCUAAACGACCAAUCAGCUGCAUCCCAGGGACUGCCCACUGAAGCCGGUCCACACUCACUUUACUCACGCCCUGACUCCCCCACCUGCCCACCCACACCCACGUACCCCCACUCCACUCCUCCUCCUCACUCCUCUUCCACUACAGAAACCAAACCUCGACAGGUGAACAGACUCUUUUACCUUGAAAACGCACUCAGAAACACAUCCAAGCAUCUGUCAAAGCAAUAGAUGGCGAUGAUAAAGACGGCGACCUUUUUCUUCAGCAGUGCAGAGGGCAACAUCGCAUUGCCCCUCACCCCAUCCCUCCCCCCCUUCCUCACCACCACACAGGGAGAACGAUUAUAAAAGUGCAACAGAAAUUUGCAUCAUAGAAGUAGGCUUUAAGGAGAGAAUAUAGAUAAUUUUUAAAAAAUGCUAUGUGUCUGUUUUUGGGGCUUAAUUCAAAAACAUUAGUAGUCGGUGUCCUGUAAAAAAUCAUCCUCUGGGUUAUUGUGUAAUAUCGGAAGAAGAAGCGUCGGUUCCCCAAAUCUGUUCUUGUGAUAUUCUGUAUUUUUCAUCUUGUCAACACGUCCAAUGAAAAUACCAAAACCAACAAUGAAAUCAUUGUACUAACAGGUGUUAGGUCUUUGUAUAAAAGCCUGAUAUAUCUUAUUCCUGUGUGCCAUAGAGCUCCAUUGUCGUUAAAACACACAUCAGUGAGUCACACUGUUGCUCUUCAUUACCUUCAAACACCGUCCUGCUGCUGGAGAUACUCACUGAAGCACCAAACGUGAAUUAAUCCACAGCUGAAAGUAGUCCCUGACAAAUUCACUAUUUCCUCAUGUUGCUAAAAAAAACAGCAGCCGCUUUAGGAAAUCACUGAGCUUUUUUUGUAAAUUUAAACUGUAUAUUUGUGAGAUUGAAACUUAUUUUUAUAUAUAUGGUUAUUUUGGGGGGUAUUUCACGCCUUUAUGUGGAGGGAUGACGCUUUAACUCCUGAGCUCCCAUGCAGUCCAUUUAGUAGCUGUUCUGGAGCUUUCAGUCACUCGUCAUAGGACAGUAGAUGUACAAAUAUCCGUGUUUUUUUAAACACUUUGAUGACUUUUUGGCUUUUAAGUAGGAAAAGCCCCCAAAAACGAUUUUGUGUUUUCAUCAAACUUCUGUUUCCAGUGUCAAGAAUUAAUUUUCAAUCUCAACUUUUAAGCCCACAUGUACAAGAAGUCCUGAAAAUGCUGUGUGAUAUAAUCAAAAGCUCCAGAAGCAGCUUCUUAAUGGACCUGGUUGUGGGAUUGUUUUUUCAGCUGUAUAUUUGUGAGCUAGAAAUGAGCUUAAAAAACAGGAUAAAAAGGUCAGAAAGUCUUAAUGCACUGUUGGUUUUGGUCUUUUCAUGGGAUUUGUUGACAGUAGCAAAAGUAUGGGAGUAAUGCUAGCCUUAUUCUUCACAUUAGGGCUGGGUGAUAGGGUUGGAUUACAAGCAUAUUUAAUAAGAAGAAUAUUUUUUGAUAUAUGUCAUAGAAAAAUGUGCUCCGACAAAUUAAUCUAAUUUAUGUUCCCUACAAUGAACUAUUAGACUCUUAAUAAUGUAACUAUCUCCCAGCCCUGACUCAAAUGUGUAAAGAUACAUAAAAUAAUAAUAUAAAUCAUCAUACUGUAAGUGUCAGCAGAACUGGCCACAGCAUCUCUACUGAGGAUGUCAUCGUUUUAUCUCCUCUGAUCAGUCCCGAUUAAGAUGGUGUCAGCCAAUCACAGGUUCCAGAGACCGACCGGCUGUGACGCUGCACCACCCUCUGCUGGACAACAUCAGGAACCUAACCCCCGCCAGGAGCCAGAAAGAAGAGAGAGAGCAAAUAUGAAUAUUUUAUUUUUGGUUUAUCGAGGUGAUAAUUUAUUUUUUUAUUGUACCUUUACUCACAUAUGUGGGUAAAUGUUUUGUCUUUUACAUGUCUCUCCCCUAAAUGUAUAAACUGUAAAGAAAUUAAGUGCAUCAGAGACACAGUGUGUAAAAUGUCAGGAGGAUACGCAGUAUUAUUUGAGCUAACUCAAGUCUGGUUUAUUUACUGCUGACUCUGCUCCAGUCUGAUACUGAUUUGUUACCAACAGACAAAACCGGAUCAAAGCAGCAAAUCCAGACUUGAGUCAUCUCACUGAGCCCGACACCUCUGCCUGCUGUAGAGUUGUCGCUCUGGUGGGAAGCUCUUCUGAACGUGUGCGUGUGUGUGUAUGUGUUAGAGCAGAGGUAGACGCCAUCUUUAGUCUUUGGUUUGUUUCACUUCACAUUUAAGGAGUUGGUAAAGAACUGCAUGCACGUUAACGUCCUCCUGUUUGAGUCAGUUUUUCAGCACAGCGUCAAACAGUCCUUGUUACAGUCCUCAGAGUUUAAAGCAGCGACGGUCCACGUGUCUUCUCAGAUCGUGAUAUUUAUUCAUGGAUAUUAGCCUCAAUGAUUGAUCAGAGUUAUUUAGCAGCAUUUUACUGCAUCCGACAUCAUCCUGACUGUUUGUGAGAACAGUGGAAGUAAGUGAGAUUAAAUCUUUCCAGAAGCUUU